AUGUGGCCGUCAUUUCUUCCAGAAGUCUCUAGGCUGGAGCUGGAGCUGGAGCUGGAGCAGGAGAGGCAAGAAAACCUGGUGAAGCUGCCUUUAAGCUCCAUGGCAACCUUGCUGCCCAUCCUCUUUCUGCUGCCCACAGCAGCCCUAGCCCAGUGCUAUGCCUCUGAGAAAGAUGAGUGCAGUCGCUACCACAGUUUUGUGCCUGGCUCUUGGAUGGCAGGAGAAGGCAUGGAUGUGACUAGUCUCCAGCGCUCAGGCUCUUUCCCUGUGGACACACAGCACUACCUGUGGCCCAAUGGCUCCUGCAUCCUCUGCAUUAACAACCUGCAGAAGGGCUCCAUCCAGAGCCUGCCUGUGGCACUCAACUACUGGUGGGAUCAUGGAUCAGGCUGCCAGCGCAAGGUGGUCAGUGUCAAAGUCAGCUCCACUGAGGGUGUGGCCCGGGAUGCAGCUCAAAGCAUCCGCAAUGACUGGAAGGUAGGCCUGGAAUUGAAUCCUAAGCCCUAAGUCAAUGCACAAAUGACCAUGGCCAGCUCACACUCCAAGGUGACUAACUUCGCAGCUAAGAAGACCUUCCAGGACCACUACCUCUUUAAUAAUGAUGAGGUUGAGUGUAAGUUCUACAGUGUCUGCCUGGUACAUGCUCCCCCACUCCACCAUGAUUUCAAGACAGCACUCAAGGCCCUGCCACCACACUUCAAUGCCUCCACCCAGAGUGACUACAUCAGGCUCGUCUCCAACUAUGGCACCCACUUCAUCCGAUCCAUGGAGCUGGGUGGUCGGCUCUCCUCCCUGACUGCCAUGCGCACCUGUGAGCUGGCCCUGGACGGGCUCACGGCAGACGAGGUGGCAGACUGCCUGGAGGUUGAGGCCCAGGUCAGCAUAGGAGGCAAAGCCACCAGCUCAUCUGAAUACAAGGCCUGUGAGGAGAAGAAGAAGCAGCACAAGAUGGCGACCUCCUUCCACCAGGCCUACCGGGAACGCUAUUCUGAAAUAGUGGGUGGCAACCAUACCUCCACACAUGACACGCUGUUUGGGCAGCAGGCUGGGCCUGAGAAGUUCACUGAGUGGGUGGCCUCACUGCUGGACAAUCCUGGCCUGGUGGGCUACACCCUGGAGCCACUGCACAUUCUCCUGAAGAAUAAGGACCCAAGGCGGGAGGCACUGAGGCAGGCUGUGAGCACCUACAUUCUGCACAAGGCACGCUGGAGGGACUGCAGCCGGCCCUGCCCCACUGGGCAGUACAAGAGUCCCCAUGACCCGUGCCAGUGUGUGUGCCACGGCUCAGCAGUCAGCACCCAGAACUGCUGUCCCCGGCAGAGAGGCAUGGCCCGGCUGCUGGUUAUGAAUUUCAUGGCAGCAGGUCUCUGGGGAGAUAGCACUACUGCUACUGAUGCCUAUCUGAAGGUCUUCUUUGGAGGCCAGGAGCAGAGGACUGACACAAUAUGGAAUACUAAUGACCCCAUGUGGAGAGCACCAGUGGACUUUGGCGAUGUGCUUCUGUCCACUGGGGGUCCCCUGAGGGUGCAGGUCUGGGAUGAAUACUAUGGCUGGGACGAUGACCUUCUGGGCACUUGUGACAGGUCUCCACAGUCUGGGACCCAUGAAGUGAAUUGCAACGUUUCUCAUGGUCGCCUAAAAUUCAUCUACCAAGCCAAGUGCUUGCCUCACCUGGGAGGGCCCACCUGCAUGGAUUAUGCCCCCCGUGGACUUCUGGGGGAGCCUCCGGGAAACCGGAGUGGGGUGGUGUGGUGA